UUUCUGUUUUCACACAUAUAUCUUUGACUUCCUUAAAGUCAAAUGAGUUGAAUUAUGUAUAGUACAUGUUUCAACAACCUUCAUUACAAUGCAACUACUAAAUCCUAUGACUAUAUGUCUACACAUUUUUGUCAAUAUUUUUUCUUUCUAAGUUUUGCAUAAUUUUCAUAAUUCACAACAUAUUCAUCAUUUAGCAAUGGUGGCUGAACCAUGGUUACAAAAAAUCACAAACCAUGUAGUAACAUCCAAAAAAUCCAACAAAAAGUCCACAAAAAUACAAGAAACAAUAGGAAUCCUUUCAUUUGAAAUCGCGAAUUUAAUGUCAAAAACCAUUAGGUUCCACAAGUCUUUAACAAAUUCCAAACUAGCUAAGCUAAAAACCGAUAUCCUUACCUCGGAUGGGGUCAAAACUUUAGUAUCCCCGGACGAAACAUAUCUUUUAGACCUUGUAUUAUCCGAAAACCUACAAGAGUUAAACUUUAUAGCCCGGUCGGUCUCUAGGCUAGGAAAAAAGUGUACCAUGCAACAUCUUCAAGGAUUUGAACAUGUGUAUAUAGAUAUAGUUAAUGGAAAAAUCAAUGUGAUGGAUUUAGGGGUCAUAGUGAAGGAUAUGGAUGCAACGGUUAGAAAAAUGGAACGAUUUGUUAAUUCUACUGUUAAGUUAUAUGGAGAAAUGCAGGUUUUGAAUGAGUUAGAAAUUGCUAUAAAAAAAUUUCAACAAAAUCGACAUGAAGAAAGUAUGAAAGUCUUUGAGCAGAAGCUGAUGUGGCAAGUACAAGAUGUUAGGCAUUUGAAAGACGUUUCGUUAUGGAAUCAAAGUUUUGACAAGAUUGUUGAGAUGCUGGCAAGAAGUGUGUGUACAUUAUAUGCAAGAUUGUGUUUUGUUUUUGUUGAUGCUAUUGACAGAAGAGACAUAUUUUCGAGUACUUCUUGUAGAAGUUUGCGGGAAAAGUUUGAUGGAAUUGGUAGUAAUUCGUGUAAUUCGAGUACUUUUGUUGAGAAGAAAGCAAUUAGUGUUAGGCCUCAGGUUGAAACACGAAAAAUUGAGAUGAAUCUGUUAAAAGAUGAAGAUCAGUUUAAAUUUGAUUGCGGUUUGGGGCCAAGGAAAUUGCUUAUGGAAUGUUUAAGUAUAGGCUCUUCAGUAUCAACAAUGGAUGAUUUUGAUGAAAAUGGCUCUAUUAGAACAAGUAACGAUAGAAGUAGCCGUGUUUCAGGUUCUUGUAGUGUUUCAAGUAGCGUAAAGAAAGAGGUUUUGAGUCAUUCGAGUUCAUUUAAUCGAGCUCCUUUCAAAGUAGACAGUAAAGGGCAUAAGAGUAGUAUGAUGAAGAGUUUGAAAAGUGUCCCCCAGAGUAGAUUAAUGGUACAGGCUCCUCUGAAAACUGUUGGUGGGUCGGGUUUGGCUCUGCAUUAUGCAAACGUUAUAAUUGUUAUUGAGAAGUUGAUUCAAUACCCACAUUUGGUUGGUGAGGAAGCUAGAGAUGAUUUAUAUCAAAUGUUACCAACGAGUUUAAGAUUGCGUUUAAGGAGAAAUUUGAAGUCUUGUGCAAAAGAUUUAGCAAUAUAUGAUGCCCCUCUUGCGCAUGAUUGGAAAGACAGGCUAGAUGGUAUACUGGGAUGGCUAGCACCAAUGGCACACAACAUGAUUCGGUGGCAAAGUGAAAGGAAUUACGAACAACAGCAAAUCGUGUCAAGAACAAAUGUUCUUCUGCUGCAAACUUUGUACUUUGCAGACAGGGAUAAGACAGAGGCCGCCAUGUGUGAGCUUCUUGUCGGGUUGAAUUAUAUAUGUCGUUAUGAACAUCAACAGAAUGCUUUAAUGGAUUGUGCAAGCAGUUUCGACUUGGAUGAUUGCACAGACUGGCAAUUGCAAUAUUGAGAUUUUCAGAGUUGUCAUGGUGGUGAGUUCUAUAUCUUGGUUUUUCUCUUAAUACUUAAUUAUAGCAUAUAUAGAUGAUAGAAGUUGUCAAUGAUAAUGUGAAUAUAGAGAUUUUGAAAUUGUAGAUGUUUGUUUUCAUUGUAUGGAUAAAUUGUUUUAUAUACUUGUUUUAUA